CACCGACAGUUCCUUCUCAUUCUCUGUUUCACUGAUCUCUCAAUCUCUCAAUCUCCUCUUUUCUCUCUCUUCCUCACUCUUCAAUUUCAAUUCUCCCCAUAUCAUUCACAUUCCUCAUUUCCUCACCAACACACACGCACCCACCCUUGCUGCUUCCGAUCUGUAGCUUCUACGCCACUACAGGGAAGAGGAGAUGAAGGUGAUUGACAAGAUCACGGCAGCCACCGCCGGUGAUGGCGGCAGAGUUGUGUUCUCCUUUGAGUACUUCCCGCCCAAGACGGAGGACGGUGUUGAUAACCUCUUCGACAGGAUGGACCGGAUGGUGGCUCAUAAUCCUUCCUUCUGUGACAUUACUUGGGGCGCCGGUGGCUCCACCGCCGAUCUCACCCUCGACAUUGCUAACAAGAUGCAGAACAUGAUCUGUGUCGAGACCAUGAUGCAUCUUACCUGCACCAAUAUGCCUGUUGAGAAGAUCGACCAUGCUCUUCAGACUAUUAAGUCUAAUGGCCUUCAGAAUGUCCUCGCGCUUCGCGGCGACCCUCCUCAUGGACAGGAUAAAUUCGUCCAGAUCGAAGGCGGCUUCGCUUGUGCUCUCGAUCUUGUUAAGCACAUCAGGGAGAAGUAUGGUGACUACUUCGGCAUUACUGUAGCUGGAUAUCCAGAGGCACAUCCGGACGUGAUUGGAAGCAAUGGCGUGGCCACGACUGAAGGCUACCAGAGCGAUCUGGCUUAUCUUAAGAAAAAGUUUGAUGCCGGGGCUGAUCUGAUUGUUACCCAACUCUUCUAUGACACUGACAUUUUCCUCAAGUUUGUUAACGAUUGUCGUCAAAUUGGAAUUACUUGUCCGAUUGUACCUGGUAUUAUGCCCAUCAAUAAUUACAAAGGUUUCUUACGCAUGACCAGCUUUUGCAAAACGAAGAUUCCGGAUGAGGUCAUGGCUGCCUUAGAGCCAAUCAAGGAUAACGAAGAAGCUGUCAAAGCUUAUGGAAUUCACCUUGGAACUGAAAUGUGCAAGAAGAUUUUGGCUCAUGGAAUCAAGACUCUUCACAUGUAUACACUGAAUAUGGAGAAAUCGGCAUUGGCUAUACUAAUGAAUCUUGGUCUGAUUGAAGAGAGCAAAGUCUCAAGAUCAUUACCUUGGAGGCGCCCUACAAAUGUUUUCCGUAUCAGGGAAGAUGUUCGCCCAAUCUUCUGGGCUAAUCGUCCUAGAAGCUACAUAUCAAGGACCAUAGGUUGGGACCAGUACCCUCAUGGUAGAUGGAGUGAUUCUAGUAAUCCUUCAUAUGGGGCACUAACUGACUAUCAGGUAUGAACAAUAAACUAGAACUUGUAAAUG